AUGCGCAUCGUCAACGUUCACGUCCAGGGCGGUCUGGGCAAUCGACUCUUUCAAGUCCUCUUCGGGCUCGCACAAGCACGCCGAUACGGCGCCGAGUUCCGCAUCUCGUCCGCUUCGCGGAACCCUCACUCCGCGUUGGACUACUUCGACGGUCUCCUCGCUCAAUUCCGGCCCUUCGUGAAGCCGGCCGGGCGCAUCGAUCGAGUCAUCGGCGAACGGCCGGACGACGUCUGGAGACGGAUCGCGUACGGGUGUCCGUUCACGGCCGGAGUAGAGAGCGUGAUGUACGUCGGGUACUUCCAGAGCCACCACCACUUUGAGGACGUCGUGGAUCGCCGUCGCCUCUCUGACAUGCUAGGGACCGCUGCCGCAAAGGCACGCAUGGGCGAGAUCUACCCGGACGCGACAUCGAAAGGUCUCUUCGUGCACGUAAGACGCGGCGAUUACAAGAGCCCCGCGCACUCGGUCCACGAUCUGGAUCUCCGGGCCUACUACGAGAGGGCCCUGCGGAUGGCAGGAGAGAGACUGCCCUCCGGCUUCCGACUGUAUGUGGUCAGCGACGAUAUCCGGCAUUGCAAGGACGAUCACGUCUUCCGGGCCUUCGACGACGUCGUGUUCGUGGAGGGCCUGGAUGAAGUCGAUACUUUAUACCUCAUGGCUGCGUGCAGUUCGUCGCGCUUCCUUCGCGCUGGUGGAAACGGGAUAGCUGUCUGGAAGGACUCUACUUCGACGGCGUCAGCAAGGUCGACGUGA